AUGGUGAGAGCCGCGGCGGGGCUCGUCGUGCCUCGGCCCCCCGGCCAUUCCCCCCGCCUUGAGCCGGGGUCGGCCCUGGUCCCCCUGCGAGCCCCGCUGUUUGUCCCGCAGCAACAAGCCUCGGCGGCGGCGGGGCGGCUCCGGGGAAAGAGAUCCCCGCCCGCCUUCCCACUCAGCGAGGAGCAGAAGCAGCAGUUGCGUGACGCCUUCGACUUGCUCGAUCCCGACGGCUCGGGACAAAUCGACGUGAAGGAUCUGAAGAUACCCCUGACAGCUCUAGGCUGUGAACUCAGGAGAGAAGAGAUGAAGAAAAUUAUCUCUGAAAUUGAUGAGGAUGGGUCAGGGAAGAUAAACUUUGAGUCAUUUUUGAAGGUGAUGGCUCAGAAAAUGGCAGAGAAAUGUUCAAAAGAGGAGAUCCUGAAAGCUUUCAAGCUAUUUGAUCGUGAUGGCACUGGGAAGAUCUCCUUUGAGAAACUCAAGCUGGUGGCUAUCGAGAUUGGGGAGGACAUCACAGAUGAGGAACUGCAGGAAAUGAUUGAUGAAGCAGAUUUGGAUGGAGAUGGACUAGUGAAUAAACACGAGUUCCUGCAGAUCCUCACUCUUGACUGACCCAUAAC